CUCCGGAGAGGCAGGCGGCGGCGGCGGCGGCGGCAGCAGCGCAAUAGAGCAAGUUUUGUCUCCGGCGAGGGGGCGGCGAGGUCCCACCGCUCUCCGCGGUUGCGGCCCGGCACCAUGGCUGCGGCGCCCCUGGGGCAGGCAGCAGCCCCCUCCGCCGCCGCGGCGGCAGCUCCCCGCUAAACCUCCCCCCGGCCGCCUCUCCCGGCCAUCCGGGCCGCGGCCGCCCGCCGGAGAGCGCGUAGCUCCGCGCGGCCGCUGCCGGAGAGCGGCGGGUACCCCCCCACCCUAAGACACGGCCCGGCACCAUGUGGGGCGGGCUGCACCCCCAGCUCGGCUUCCGCGGCUACAAGGCGGGCUCAGAUUAUUCCUCAGUGGGAUGGUUACCUGGUACUGAAUCCCUGUGGCAGUCCACAACCAUUUCAUCAAGCAGUCAGAGCAAUCCUGUCAGAAGACACAGUAUAGCUUCCGACAGCGGGGACACUGGGAUUGGUACCUCCUGUUCUGAUAGUGUGGAAGAUCAUUCAACUUCAAGUGGUACAUCCUCGUUUAAGCCCAGCCGUUCACUGGUUUCUAUUCCCACUGCCCAUGUGAUGCCGUCUAAUGCCAGCUCUUCACUUUCCAAACACAGGGAAGCUUUCAAGUCUGAUGGCUCAAAAUGGAGUACAAGCUUUGUACGGUCAGGAGGAGGCAGAAAUCAGGGUGCCCUGGACAAUUCUCUUGACAUGAAAGAUGCAAGACCUGUCAGAAAAUGGUCCUCCUUGUCUAAACUCAGCUCACCAAAUACCUUCAGCCAAGAUGGUAGUAGUCAUUCAGUGGACUCCAGGGCUAGUACAGAUAAAGCUGUGUCACCACAAUUAAGGAGAAAUGGGCCAAGUUGUUUGCAUGAUAGCAUGGAGCUGCUAAAAAUUGACGACAAAGAAAUGGGGAAAAAACGAUCUUCUCUACUGGACUGCAAAUACAAAUUUGAAACGUGCAGCAAAGAUGAUUUUGUUUCAGAUUCCUCAAGCAGGAGACAUGCCUUAGACUUGACCUAUAGUGCCUUACCUGAAAGCAAACCUACGGCAGCCACUUGUGAAGCUUUCGGUCAGAGAUACGCAACUCUGGGACAGCAGGCUGUGAGCGGAGCUCCCAUACAGCCAGCAGUGAGGACUCAAAUGUGGCUUAAAGAACAGUUACGUGCAAAUCCCCUGGACUGCAGGACUGCUGAGGAGCCCUACGGCGUAGCUGCAUGGCAUGUGCAGCAGCUCGAAGAUUUUAGAACGGGAGGUGAACAACCUGUGCAGGUUCCAACUGGAACAUCUCGUCAAAGUUACCCAGCUACCAGCUAUCAGGACUUCAGCAACUGGGAAUCCCUAAUGAAAAUUAAAGAGGGGCUGCUAAGACAGAAAGAGAUUGUGAUCGAUCGGCAAAAGCAGCAAAUUAACAAUUUACAUCAGAAGAUAAGGGAGAAUGAAUUACGAGCUCAACAUGCAAGACUGAGCCAUCUUGUGAACUGCGAAGAACCUUACAUGACUAAUUUGCCGCAACCACAGUAUGAGGGCGCAUCACUACAACCUCACGUUUCAGAAAGAUCAACAUCCCACCUUGAGGAGCUUGAGCGAAAGAUUGCAGCAGCCGAGAAUAAGGAAUUGCAACUCAGUGAAUUUGUAAAACAAAUUUCAAACAAAUCUAGUGAGGAGAAAAAGAAGAUGGAGGAGAAACUUAAAACUAGAGACCGAUAUAUUAAUAGCCUGAAAAAGAAAUACCAGAAAGAGUCUGAGCAAAACAAAGAAAAACAAAGACGAAUUGAAACCUUAGAAAAAUAUCUGGCUGACCUACCAACGCUGGAUGAUGUAGAAGGGCAGACUAAACAGCUGCAAAUUCUAGAGGAGAAGAACAAGCAACUUCAAGAAACUAUGACUGAGUUAGAAAAGAAGCUCGGAGAGGCCCGAUCGCAGUGCAGAGAAAGAGAGUUGCAACUGGUGUGUCAGAAGAAAAAGGAAAAAGAGCUGGUCACAACAGUACAGAGUUUACAACAGAAAGUAGAAAAAUGCCUGGAAGAUGGUAUUCGCCUUCCCAUGCUGGACACAAAACAGCUUCAGAGCGAGAAUGAAUGUCUCAAAGAAAAGAAUGAGAAAGCCAGUAAGGUCAUAGACAAUCAACAAAAUCAGAUAGCUGGACUGAUUUUAGACAUGCAGUCUAUGCAAGAGAAGCUUUUGCAAGAAAAGCUGCUAGUUCAGAAGAUGACAAAUGAACUUGAAGAAAAAGAAAGGAAUAUAGAGCAGUUAAAUAAAACUCUCUCUGAAAACCAAAGACUGAUGGAAGAGAAUGCCUCCCUGAAGGAGCAGAUGCGGCAGGUGGAGCAGUCCAGGCAACCAGUAUCUGAGAAGAUGCCUAUAGCAGACCAGUUGUUCAAGGAGAUGUCCCAUUGCUUGUUUGACUUGAAAGCACUGUGCAGUAUUCUUACCCAGAGAGCUCAGGGCAAGGAGCCUAACCUUUCCUUACUACUGGGAAUCAGAUCGCUGAGCUGUUCAGCUGAAGAGAAUGAAAAUUACCACAGCACAGAAACCCUUUCGAAGAAGCUCUCGGACGUUUGUCAGUUACGAAAGGAUAUUGAUGAAUUAAGGACUAUAAUGUCAGACCGUUAUGCUCAGGACAUGGGGGACAAUUGCAUUACUCAAUGACAACAUUUCAUCUAGUCGCAAAUGACUUAUUAAAUGCUGCUGUGUCACAGGUCUUUGCAUUUCUAUUAAGGAGCCAUAUUGGAAGACUGCAAAUAGUGCCGCAGGUGCGUCUCUCUGAGGAUUGUGAAUAUUUGAUCUCGGGAGUCUGGUGGGUAGGGGAGAGUCAUCGUUUGAGCAGUGGUACAAACUACAAGAAAUCUUUUCUCCAAACUACUGAAUGUAGGAACAAGCUGUGAAGAAUGAUUCAGUUGGAUACUCUGUUUCCUUCAUUAGGGCUCAUUUUAUUACUUCACCUGGUUUCUGGAAUAAGAGCAUCAAAACAGCCGUGCUGCCACUACUUGGUCUUUUCCUUCGUCAAGGGUUUGUGUGGAGUUAUCUGUGCUCUGAAAUUAGAGCAGAGGGUCAAAGGACCUGUAGUUCUGUGUGGUGAAGCCAGAGGCUUCUGCAACCGUACUUCACUUCAGGAAUUGCAAUUAGAACAAUCUCAGAGCAGUACAAAAAGGAGUUGCUUUUCAAGUUGCCUGAAAAAUUUGAUACAGGAAAGAUGUAUUUUAGUAAUGGAUGUCUAGCUUGUUUCCUCAGUAGCAGAAGACCACUAAGUUUUAACUCCUUUAUGCAGAUGAAGUCCAUAAAAUGUAGUGCUAUCAAACUGUUUUAAGCACUCUGACUUAGCUGUAAGAAAUUUCAAUUAUAUGAAGUCUGUGACAAACCCAGAGAAGCUGGAAGGCAUGAAACUGCAGCAUGGUAUGUGGCUGUCAGGAAAAAAAAAAUAGACUGUAUUUUAAUGUUUGUACCAUACUUAUUUUUCCUUUAGGUCAUCUCCGUUUUAAAACGUGUCUGGUCUGUAUUCAGUCCCUGAAGGCCUCUGAUGAGGUUGUGAACCACCUCAACCAUUUCUUACCACAGCUACAAAACGGGUGUUUCGCACUUGGCAAAAAUCAGGGCUCAGGACAGAAUGUUUCCACUUAGCAGUAUUAAGUACUCGGUUAUCUGAGGACUGCAAAAUUUUCCACAUUGUUUGGGAAUUCCUGAUUUCUCCAUUUAUGUAGGAAGCAAUUACAUUAAAAAAUUAAGAUCAUGUUCCAUAGUUUAUUUAGUGAGUGUCGCUUGGCAGUGCUGUUUCACUCCCGUGGGACAGAUGACAUAUUAACGCUUCCAAUUUCCUGGAACGUUACUGCAAGUUAGCUGCACAGUUAUGCAUGGUGUAAAACAGUAUUUAACUGAAGGAAACAAAAAACUGCAAAGAUCAAAACCACUCUGCAGUCACACUGUUAAGAAAACAUAUGAGCAUCAGUUACAUAUAUGGUAUUAAAAGAAAGUUUCAAAUGACUACGGUGCGAGUCAAUCAAUUGACCCGUGGUGUGGAUAACAGCAGAAAUCUCUUAGAAAGCUUAGCAGUUAGAACCAAGUAAAUUCUAGGGUAACAUUUUUAUGGCAAAACUGUUAGUAUCUUCAGUUUUCUGAUUAUAUUUAUGUUAAUAGAAAAAAAAAAGGUAUAGCAAUGUAGACUGGUUACCAGUUUUAACUUGGUGAUGUUUUGCUUUCAGUUCAUUGUUAAACAGUUACCGCUAAUGUUGUUUUUAUAAUUUAGUGAUUUAUUUUUUUUUAGCUAUGUGGACUUAUUUAUUUUACAGUUUUCUCUAUCCUGAACCUACACAUGGACUAAUUUGUGAAAAACAGUGUUGCUAUUUAUAUUAUUGCUACAUGGUGUUUUCAGAUAGAUUAAUCUGACUGGUUCAGCUCCUGUGAGCGCUAAAACAGUGUUCAGAUGAAAUCUCAAGUGGAAUUGCCUAGUGUCUCUACUUCAAGGUAAAAACGGAGGCCGUUUUAUUCUAAAUUUCUAUGCUCUUUCUGUAGGUUUGAAGGUGUACUUUUAUACUAGUGCAAAACUGAAAACAAGGAUCUUGACACCAAUGGGCUUGCAGAGUUUCCUGUGCCUCUAACAGUGUUGGCUUUAGUGAUUAGAGCCUCAGCUCGUACCUUUGGUGUAGUUUGUUGGUUUUGGCCCUGCAGUGAAGUAAUAGUCUCCGGUUUAUGGCAUCUGUCUCAUAUCAGAAUUCAACAAUAGCAUUUCAGAUAAUAAACCAGAAGUAUUAGGGAGAGGGGAAACACCUAAGUCGUAUGUUAUUAUUUCCUUAGAUGGAAAUGUUGUACCUAUAAAGAAUAACCAAGCAACACAUUUUUCUGAAUUUGGUGGAAAUAACAAGGAGUUUAAUAGAGCAAUUAGAGAGGAGCAGGAGAUUUUUUGAGUCACUUUGAACUAUUAAGCUGGUCACUUGGCUGGUGUGCCUCCACUGUCCCUCCUGUUAAAUGGUGAUACUGCACUGCAGAGUUGAGAUCAGUAAUUGAUAUUUGCAAAGCACUUCAGGAGCUUUUAUGCUCCUCAAGUAUUAGUUGAAAGUCUCUCAGGAAGGACGUUCCAUUUUAUUUGUAAUACUUUGAUUGCAGUGCUGUAAUCUUGUAAUAUUUUUAUUACAGAACCUGUAAUAUUUAUAUUGACUUUAAAGCACUUGAUUUUAAAAACCCCUGAGUUUAUCUGCCUCAGUCAAAUUAAAGUAGGGAGGUAAAUGAUGGAUGUAUGAGCCAAAGAUGCAGACUACCAAUUGACUAUCUGUAGUGAUACAGUAUUUUGCUUUGAUUUCUUAAAAUUUGGCCUGUUGUAGUAGUAGCAAUUACUAUAUAUGCAUCAGUUUACGGAUGCCUCUAAAUGGAAUAAGCUUUGUCUAAGAUAUGCAUGAUUGUUUAAUUGGUUAAAAUGUAGUGUGUGUGGUCUCAUUCAGCAUAUUUAAUACAGAGUUGAUUAAUGAAUGUUAACAUUGGAAUUGCUUAGAUUUAGUCAUGACAACUUUUUGCUGUAGCUGUUAGACAAUCUCAAGGGCUGAAAAACGACCGCUGAUGAAUGGAUACUGUACCGUUCUGGCUGUCAGCAAAUCUGUACAGUAAUUUUUUGUAUAGUUUCAGAUUGAAUUUAUACAAUCCUUUAGAAAAUAUCUACAGUAACUACUGUAUUCAAGAAUGUAUUUUGAAAAAGACUUGGAAAGUAACUGUCUUCAGACAAGCUAUAAAUGAUGCUAUGUAUUUACUAUAUAGAAUUGACGCAGCUCAGUUAUGUACAUGUGAUUUAGGUUGCUCGCCUCCGCUGUGCAGCUUUGUAGUGUGAUAUUUGUGUGAAAUUGUGGAGAUUGCUGUAACCACCCACCCGGGCUCCAGCAUUUGAAACUGCCGGUGGCCGUGAAGUCAUUGCAAGAGCUGAAAUUUUGUCCUUUUCACUUGAAAAGGUUUCCCUGCUUCCUUUGUCCUCGCUGCCCGCCUUUUGUUUCAGAUGGUUUUUUGGAUGCUUUUCUUGCAGGGUGAUAGCACAAGGAAAGAAAGAAAGCAAGCAAACCCCUUCCUCCACAACCCGCUGCCCUAGCACGGGCGGCGACGGCGCACUGCAGUCUCUCCACGUGGAUGUAGUUUGCUCCAGUUUUCCUUGUCCUUAUCACUGAUGUUACGCAGGUGGAGUUGGAGGUAUAAUUGGGCUCUUCUCCUUGACGUGACGAGUUCUGUCAUGAGUGAGGGAAAAGAUGUUCUGAACUAAUCUGCAUUCUUAGACUGCAAACCAAUCAAAGGUUGUUAUCAAUAGGGAUGGUUCAUUCUGGUAGCUCAUUAGCAAUAUUAAUUCCACAGCUGCAUACCUUUGUGCCUUUUUUUGCCUGAAGUAAGUGUAUAUUCCCUUGAACUUUAGAUAAGUUGUUAGGAUGCUGACAACUGCACCUUGUUUUCCUCUUACCUGCCAAUAUUUUGUUUAUAAGCUUUUGUAGUAAGAACUGUGCAUAAUGUUAGAAACAGAAGUACUUAAACUAGGUACUAGGCGUACACGUGGAAUGUUAGGCUGGUCGUAGUAUGCAGCUUUUUUGAAUAUGAAGCGUGAACAGGAAACUCAAAUCAUAACGUGUUUGUUUUGUGUAUAUUAAUUACAGUAUAUCAUUGGUUCAGUGGGGAGGAGUGUCUGGAGCUAUCUUUUAAAAGCACAGCUGACAUAUGUACUGGAUCAGUCCCUGAAGACUGGUAGUUUUGUAAAUUGGGUUCAAUUUUUGAACCGCUCAGAAUACCUCAUAUGUAAAUAGAGUUGUCAUGACUUAAUCACAAUGUGUUCAUUGUAAAAAGUAAAGGAGCCACUGGCUGGCUCAGCUUUGGGCUUGUUGUUCUUGCCUCUUUUUGUAAUUUUUUUUAAAGUAGGGUUUACAGCUAGAAUUUUGAAUGCCAAAGUUCUAUUUAUUAAAUAAUAAUAAAAAUUUUCAUUGUUAAUGACUGGUAUUUUUCCACUGGAAUUUGUUUGUUGAUGUUUGGGAUUUGUAUCCA